CGCCCUGCGGAUGUAGAUAGCUUGUGUUGGCAGAGUGGGAGGCCAUGUUGAGGCUGGUUACAAAGCCGUGGCCAAUGCUGCCUUUAAAGGGGUGAUAGAGACUUGGUUUAGGUGGGGGAUCUUUUCGAUUUCGCUCGAAUCGAAGGAUUGUCUGGGGCUGAAGACCCCAUUCGCGAAGGUCACAAUGAAAAAGGGAGAGCGGUUUCGAAGGAGAGAUGGAGCAGAGGAGGAAUAAAGCGAAAACUUGCUAGCUAGUUCAGGCGUAUUGGAACCUUGCGUGUGCACACGCAGUGUCACCUGUCAACAUCGUCAGAUUGUUGCCUAUCGUUAGCUCAGUGAAACUGUAACUUAGCGUGAUCACAGCGUUAACUAGCCAGUUUGCUAGUUCUAACAAACUCGUCUGACGUGUACUUCAUUUCCUGUGUUUAAAGGGCAUGCUAUUUAUCUAGCUAGCUAGUUGUAAUUAAUGCCGUGCAUCAUAUACAUUAGCUAGCUGUGCUGACGAAAAUGUUCAUCUUUUGAGACUUUUCUGAUUAUCUUCUUUCUUUAGAAUUAUGAUUGUAACUGCAUUAAUAGCUGGUGGGCUGUAUUGUAGCAGCGUGAAAAUUAUCUGCUUGAUUAGGUUUACGUAACAUCUCCCACUCAACCUAGUUAGUUUUAACUGAAGAGGAACCCUGGCGACCAUAACUUUAGACCAAGAGGAGAAGGAGCUCGGAGCCAUGGCAUGGGUACUGAAGAUGGAUGACGCAGCCAUCGAAUCUGGGCUUGUGCACGACUUCGAUGCCAGUCUGUCAGGAAUUGGGCAGGAGCUCGGGGCUGGUGCCUACAGCAUGAGCGACGUCCUGGCACUGCCCAUAUUCAAACAGGAAGAUGGCAAUCUCUCCCCUGACACUGAGACCAAAAACCCACCAUUCCAGUACGUGUUAUGUGCCUCCACAUCACCGGCUGUCAAACUCCAUGAUGAAACCCUCACUUACCUGAAUCAAGGUCAGUCUUAUGAAAUACGGAUGCUGGAUAACAGGAAGAUGGGGGAAUUGCCAGAGCUUGAGAAUAAAGUGGUCAAGAGCAUCGUGCGAGUGGUAUUCCAUGACCGUCGACUGCAAUACAUGGAGCACCAGCAGCUAGAAGGAUGGAAGUGGAAUCGCCCUGGUGACCGGCUCCUGGACAUGGAUAUUCCCAUGUCUGUUGGAGUCAUUGAUCCCAAGACCAACCCCUCACAGCUCAACGCUGCAGAGUUCCUCUGGGACCUAUCCAAGCGAGCCUCAGUUUUUGUCCAGGUACACUGCAUCAGCACAGAGUUCACCCCCCGCAAACACGGAGGGGAGAAGGGAGUGCCCUUUCGCAUCCAAAUCGACACCUUCAAGCAGAACGAAAGUGGGGAGUACACUGAACACCUGCACUCUGCCAGCUGCCAAAUCAAGGUGUUCAAGCCCAAAGGGGCUGACAGGAAACAGAAGACUGAUCGGGAAAAGAUGGAAAAGCGUACGGCGCUGGAGAAAGAGAAAUACCAGCCCUCCUAUGAUACCACUAUCCUGUCUGAAAUGAGGCUUGAGCCUAUCAUUGAAGAAGCAGCUGAACACGAGCUGAAAAAGUCAAGCAAGCGGACUUUACCCGCAGACUGCGGCGAUUCUCUGCCAAAGCGCGGCAGUUGUUCACCAUGGCCAGACAAUGCCUACGCAAGCACCAGCCCAGCAGCUACUCCAACCUUUACCUCCUGCACUGUACCCAACAGUAAUUCCUCAUCACCAAAUCAUCAGGGAGAUGCAGUUAGCCACGUUGCUAUGGAGCAACUAAGCCCGACAGCCACUAUACAGGAGUCCCAGCAGUGGCUCCACAAGAACAGAUUUGCUGCGUAUGCACGACUUUUCUCUCAUUUCUCAGGUUCUGAUUUACUGAAAUUAACUCGCGAUGAUUUGGUCCAGAUCUGUGGCGCAGCUGACGGGAUCCGCCUGUUUAAUGCACUGAAAUCCAGGUCUGUGCGGCCUCGUCUGACUGUGUAUGUGUGUGAGGAGACGGUGCAGACCAAGAGCACUGCGCCACUCGAGGGUUCUUGCGAUAGUGAGAGUGGAGAACACAGCAACAGCACAAUAUACGUUUAUCAUGCCCUCUACUUGGAGGAGAUGACUGCGUUGGAGCUGACUCGCAAAAUUGCAUCUGUCGUCAGCAUCUCCCUGGACCAGGUCAGCCAGGUGUUCCGCAAGGGUCCUACUGGCAUUCAUAUCCUCCUCAGUGACCAGAUGGUUUACAAUCUUCCAGAUGAGAGCUGCUUUUUAAUCAGCACAUUGAAAGCUGAGAGUGGAGAGGGAUACCAUUUGAUUCUGAAGUAACAAGUGGAUGAUUGGCUUCAGAAGCUCUCCCCAUACAAAGGAAAUUGCAGGAAGAACAUGAUACUGGGAAAAGUAAAUGUUGGAAUCUGACUUAAGUGUAGACAUUGUUUCAUAUUGAAAACACUAUUAGAGAGGUGGGCUUGGGUGUCUUCUAGUUUUUGAAGGAGGGCAGGGGUGGGGUGGGGAGGGGUGAAAGAAUAAUGCCUGUGAUUGGACACUGUGGACAUUUGUAGCCUGGCUUCAACUAUGACACUGAUGCACAGCUUUAAUUCAUGUUUAAGGCCAGUACUCUGCACACACAGGGAUAGGACUAUGCCUGUGUCUAACUUGAAAUUUCAGAUGGAGAGAUUUCUGUUGUAUGAAACGAGCAAGGAGUGCAGUAAUUGAGGUGUACAGAUCCGUCUCUUGGCUACACGGUGGACUGAAACAGAAAAGAUAAAUUCCUAUAGGCACCUUGUACUUGUAUGGCUGCCCACUGUGCUCCAGUUAUUUCCCUUUAUAAAACGCGUGGCUGUGGAAGUCACUCCUGGAGGCUUUUCUUUCCAGCACUAGACUGAACUCGCAUGCUGCUGGUCUUUGAAUUUGACACCUUAUUGUGCUGGAUGUGUAAAUGAGGUAAAGCCAGCACUAUGAAAAUAGCUGUUUACCUGCCUUGGGUGGAUGGUCCUAGGGGCAUUGGGACUACGCAAAAUCAUGGGGAAUGAUUCCAAAUGCCUGUUUUAUUGUUUCUCAUGUUCAUUGGAAGUGACUGAAAAUGACAUGCCUCUUGUGCCAAGUUUAUCGUUCUUACCACCUGCAUGCACGUAGCACACCCACUUGCUAAACUAGCCACUGCAUAGAUACAUGUACAGUACAGUCACUGUAAGACUUUUUCUUGCGGGUCAAGUAAGUCACCCAAACCACUAGGAGCACAAAGGGUCCUUCUCAGUCUUGCUUUUAUAUUUAUCAGAAAUGCACUCAUGGGAUGACCAUGGUUCAAUAUUAAUGAAGGGAGACAUUACGAGAUUAGAGCUGAAAGAGACAAUGAAGGGGACCAAAAUGUUUUAUGUAUGGUGUGUUAUUUUAAAAUGGGGAGAGAAAUGACCAAUCCAUGCUGUUUAAUUUGUGUCUAAAGCUUGUAAGGGUUGUAGGACACUGUCCAAGUCAUGGAUUUGCCAUUGACUUCACAGACAGGAUAGAGGAUCUUUCUGUACUUUUAGCCCUCUCUAUCAUUUUCACCUGCACACUCAUUUGUCUUGUUUUGAUAAUGCUGUCUGUCUUAACUAAAGUCCCCAGUGGAUGUGGAGGUUUAGAGGGAAUUUUUUUUUUUUUUUUUACUGUAAUCACUUGACUGGAUUUAAUUUCUUGUAGUAGCGGCAAGAGAGGAGAUGAUAGGAAGAUAAUAAUUUUGAAGCUGCCCUGAAAAUAAGCACAAUGAAUUAAAUUCAUUGUGGGGAUUCAAACCUCUUAAUUUUUUAGGAGGUUUGAUUAAAUCCCCAAUCGAUAGGAUAGGUCCCACCUCACUGUUUCCAUUAGUGCCAGAUUAAUUGUAGGACUGCCAUUGUCUGGAUGCACACAAUGUGCUCUGUAUCCUCCCAAGUGGAUAAGGUUGAAUGUUACCCACUGUGUCCAGUUCUCUUGCUCCUGUCGACAUUGUCCAACAGUGAUCUCGCAUUUUACAGUGUCCGAAUGAAGGUGUAGCAGUUGAUGCUUCUUGUGUACCAGUAUGUGUUGAGAUGUACACAUUUUAGCCUGUACUGGGAUUAAUAACAAUAAAUCCAAAUCAUUUCCUCUU